AUGAUUAUGUUGCUGUCUGUGCAUUUCGACACGUGGCAACAUACGGAGAUCGAGUCGGAAGUUCCGACCGUGGUCGCCCUUCAGUCCUUCGCCACGCGUGAGACCGACGUGAGACCCGAUGGGACGUUCGUUCUGGUCUAUUCGUUCGUGAGUUCCGACGGGCACGCGAUGUUCGAUUCCUAUGAGAUCGAGGGCGAGACCGGUCUCGUCGUGAACAACUACGGCGCGGAUUGCACGGCUGGGGUCGGGGCAUUCUUCGUGGAGAGGGGAAGCCAUCAGCCCGACACUACGCUGGGAACGUACGACGAAUUGCUGACGGCAUUGCUGGAAGGGCGUCGAUUGACCAUCACGGACGUCGCCACUGAGUGCGAGCAUCCCCUGCCGGCGGAGGUCACUGUCGCCGAGGGCGGAUCCACGUAUUAUCAGUAUUACGUCUUGCCUGGGCAGGUGCUCGUCGUGGAAUUCCCGGGCGUGGCACUAAGCGUGAACGAGGGCGAGACGGUUUAUACUGUGGUCAGGCUAUUCGUUUCCCAAGAUGGAUCCGUCUUCGUUUCGGCCAAUUACUUCAAUACUCAAACAUGGGAAGACGAAUAUCCUUAUCCCGAAGGAUUCCAGUGCGUCCUCGGAGAUUCCGUCAGAUUUCAUCACGCCUCAGGCGAUUCUUACGACUCGUUUGAAACGUAUGACGACUUGGACGAGGCCUUCCUGAAUGGGAAGGACAUUCGCGUCUCGUUGGAUUCCACCAUGUGCAUUUCACCGAACGACACUGCGCCCGAAGUUCUCCGUCCGAUCCAAAUGAACUGCAAUCGAGGAGAGGACUUACGUGCAAAACUGGAAUGCGCAUGCGCAUUGGGACAGUGUGUGGAGGAUCCACCGGAUUGUGAGAUUGCCGGGGAGAAGUGGGAAGUCUUCGGAGACAUGAUCUUGCAAGAAUACUACGUGGCCCCCGACAACGUGCUCUACGUGAAGGUUUCCAUCUUCAACCCAAUCGCGCCCGACGACGUCCCAGACGUAUACUUGUUUCAGUGCGUGAUCGGUGAGGGGGCCGCCUUCACCGCACCUUCCUUUGGGAGGACGGAGUUGAUGGAUUACGUGGCGGUGGUGGAGGCGGAAUUGAAUGGAGCGAAGUUGUCUGCAGAAAUCGACUUCAAUGAAUGCGUGGAUCCGACAGGUGAAAUUGAUCUCAGGGGUGUCAGGGUCGGGGCGUAUCUUCAGGAUCUCAUCGUUUUCAGUCCUGCAACCGCCGAAGCAAGGCUUUUCUCGUCGGCGUUUACUUUGAGCAGCGAUCCGAUCAGCCGUUUCGCCUACGAGACCUUCGGCGUCACCCUCGACGCAAGCAACAACGCCAUCGUCUUCCCAGGCUUUUGGCGGUACGAUGAAAACGGCGAAUGGGGCAACGCGUUCGGCGAAACGUUCUUGGAAUGCAUGAAAGUAAUGUCGCACAUCUACCUCUUGCAAGACAAGAUCCCCAGCAGCACACCAUAA